AUGGGAAGCACAACCACACCCCCAUCCAAAGACUUCACCGUCACAAUAGUCGGUGGUGGAAUCGGCGGUCUCACCCUCGCAGCCGGCCUUCUACGCCGCAACGUCCCCGUCCAAAUCUACGAAGCCGCAUCCGCAUUCGCAGAAAUCGGCCUCGGCCUCUCAAUCGGACCAGCAGCGCACCGCGCCAUGCCUCUUAUUGACCCGCAAAUCCGGGAAAUCUACGACUCACUUGUUACCACGCACGCCGAUAGCCCCGGCUACGAGAAGUAUCGGCAGACUUGGUUUGAAAUUAUUUGGGCUAGUGGGGAAAAAGAGGGGGAGUUGUUGAUGGAUCUUAAGGCUUUGCCGAGUGGACAGACGACGUUGCGGAGGGCGAACUUUUUGGAUGCGCUUGUUGGGUUGAUUCCGGCUGAGAUUGUGCAUUUUGGGAAGAGAUUGGAGAAGUUGGUUGAGAGUGAUGAGGAUGAGGGGGUUGAGUUGGUUUUUGAUGAUGGGUCCGUUGUGAGGGCUGAUGUGGUUGUUGGUUGUGAUGGGAUUAAGUCAAAGGUUAAGGAGUCAAUGCUUCCGGAGGAAUCGAAGGAGACUCAACCGAGGUAUAGUGGUAUGUAUGGGUAUCGGGCUGUGUUGGAUAUGGAGGAUAUGAUUGAGGCGGUUGGGGAGCAACGUGCGAGGGUUUCGACGAUGUACAUUGGAGAGGGAGCUUAUGGGAUAUCUUAUCCUAUCAUGCGGGCGAAGAAGGUUAAUGUUGGACUUUAUAUUCUCAGCGAGAAAUGGGAUUGCGAGACUUGGGUGAGGCCUGCGAAGAGGGAGGAUAUGCAGCGUGAUGCGAGUAAUAUGGGUCGAUAUGUGAAGUCUCUUAUUGAACAUAUGCCCGAUCCCUCUCAAUGGGCUAUCUUCGAGCACCCUCACAUCUCCACAUUCUGUCGCUCUCGAGUCGCAAUCCUGGGAGAUGCCGCGCAUGCCUCGACACCCCAUCAAGGCGCAGGCGCAGGUCAGGCGAUAGAAGAUGCACACGUCCUAGCUGAGUUACUUGGUGAUUCCCGAGUACAAACAGCUCAGGACGUAAUCGCUGCUUUCAAAGCAUACGAUGAAAUUCGGCGCCCUCGGAGUCAAAGAGUUGUCACGAGUAGCAAGGAGAAUGCCUAUCUUCUUUGUCUAUGUUUGGAUGGAGUCGGAGACGAUGAAACAAAGCUGAAAGAGACAUGGCAGUCUCGGCUUCGUUGGCUUUGGGAUUUGGAUAUUGAGGAGCAGGCUGAGCAAGCAAGGCAGUGUAUGCUCAAGUUUUUGGAAUCUGGAGGCGAUUAA